AUGCCGUCAUUCGCUUUCAAAAGAGCAUUGACAAGAGCCUUCCACACAGACAUUGCGUUUGCAUUUGACAUAGAUGGUGUUUUACUGAGAUCCAAGACUCCAAUUCCAGGUGCAUCUGAGGCUUUAAAACUGCUAAACAAAGAAAAGAUCCCAUAUAUACUGCUGACCAACGGAGGUGGUGUGCUUGAGAACAAACGUACCGAACUUAUUUCAGACGCAUUGGAUGUUGAAAUCUCACCGUUACAAAUCGUGCAGAGUCAUACUCCAUUUAAGGCUCUAGUUAAUAAACACAAGAAAGUACUAUGCUCUGGGGUUGACACUGUCAGAGACGUCGCUGAGAAAUACGGAUUCGAGAAGGUGAUUCAACCAAUUGACGUCCUAGCAUAUAACAAGGAUAUUUCUCCUUUUACAGCUGUCACUGAAGAACAUUUGAAAAGAGUAGCCAAAAGACACGAAUCGUUGUUGGAAACUCCAUUCGAUGCGAUCAUGGUUUUCAGCGAUCCAAAAGAUUGGGCCACUGAUAUCCAAGUUAUAUCUGAUUUAUUGAACAGUGAUCGUGGGUACCUUGGUACACUGAGGAAAGGUAGUAGUGAAGAACCAUCAAUUCCAAUAUAUUUCUCUAACGAUGAUUUACUAUGGGCCAAUCAUUAUCAUUUGAACAGAUUUGGACAAGGUGCAUUUAGGCUCAUCAUCAAUAGUUUAUAUUCAAAGCUGAAUGAUGAGAAAAAAUUAAACGAUACUGUCAUUGGUAAACCAUCUAAGCUGACCUACGAUUUCGCUAACAACGUGUUGGUAGAUUGGAGACAGAAAUUAAUCGAUGGGAAGACAGAUUCCACAGAACAGUUAUUACCGCGAUUGGGUGUUCCACCAAAAAAUUCGCCAUUUGAGAAAGUGUACAUGGUGGGCGACAAUCCAGCAAGUGAUAUCAUCGGAGCGUUCAAUUACGGAUGGGAGAGCUGCUUAGUAAGAACCGGUGUUUUUGCUGAUGGUGACAAAUUACCUUGCAAACCAACAAUGAUUGUCGAUAACGUAUUGGAAGCCGUUACCAAAUCCAUGGAAAGGCAUUGA